UCCGCGUUCCAUCCGGGGCGGGGCUUAGCCGCUGGCAAAGCCGGUUGCGCUGCUUGGGCGCGACAGAAGCCUCAGGAUGUCGGGUCCGAACGGGGAGCCGAAUCUGAGCCUGAGACGGAGAGAGGAGGAAGAGGAGGAGGAGGAAGAAGAGGGCGGCUUCGGAGAGACAGAAUAUGCAGCCAUCAAUUCCAUGCUGGACCAGAUCAAUUCCUGCUUAGACCACCUGGAGGAGAAGAAUGACCAUCUGCAUGCCCGGCUGAAGGAGUUGCUGGAAUCCAACCGCCAGACCCGCCUGGAGUUUCAGCAGCAGCUGAGCGAAGGUGAAGACGGAGAGGCUGGUAGCCAGAGACCCAAGCUGGAUGCAUAAGGCCCCCCACCCACCCUCGCUUGGACAAACCAGGGUGUACAUAGAAGCAGCACCCGGUGGGACCAUCCUUUGCUGUUGGCGGUGGUGGGGGAAAUGUUAACAUUCAUAAUAGAGGGCCCCCCUGGUCCAUGUGUGUUUCCAAACCA